UCACCGGCGAUCUCCGUUAAUCAGAACUCUUCCCGUCGCCGACAUGGCGAUGACUAUCGAAGACUCGCUGGACUUGCCUUCAUGUUUUCAUCUAGUAUCCUCCUACAGAUCCUGGCAUGCGCAAUAUAUGGUAACUGGUGGCCAAUGCUAUCAGCACUCAUGUAUGUGGUUGUGCCUAUGCCUUGUAUGUUCUUUGGAGGAGGCUCAACUCAAUUCCUAAUCAGUCGAGAUGGUGGAGGGUGGAUAGAUGCAGCUAAGUUCUUGACAGGAGCAUCGACGGUGGGGAGCCUGGCGAUUCCGAUCAUCUUAAGGCACGCACAGAUGAUCGAGACCGGUGCAAUGCUCAUAGAAUUCACAUCCUUCUUCAUAUUCAUAUGCACCGUCAUGUGUUUUCACAGGGCUAGCCUCGAUGAUGAUUGGUAA